AUGAAUGAUAAAUUCGAUUCAACAUCAAUGAUUAAUAAUGAAAAACGAACAUCAACUGCUAAACUUGUUCAUCAAUUAUAUUUUUUUCCGAUUAGAUAUAUACUUAAUAUGGAUGGUACGAUAAAAAGUGAUGAUGAAUCACGUAUUAGUGUUAAAUGUACUAUACCAAUAUGUCUAUCGUAUUUAUAAACAAUUUGAUCCAUUUGUUUAUCUUACUGAAAGUAUGUUUAAUUCUUGUUUGACUUUUUUUUAUAAUCCAAAAUUAUUUCUAAUGUCGUAACAGUAGGAGGGCCUAGAUGAAGGGGAUUGUGGCAGAGUUUAGUUGACGUGGCUUCAAUUGGUUAAGGUCUCAAAGUUUUAGUGAAAGUUAUCUGAUAGAUAUGACAAUUUCACUAUUAAAUUGUUGAAACGUAUAUAUAUAUUGGAAUCUGAAAAUUCAAGAACGGAGAUUUCUUGAUAUUGAUCCAGCAGCUCUAGUUCUAUUCCUACUUUUAAUUUUUUUGAAAUCAACAAAAGACUAGAACAUUUCAGACUCGAAAAGAUAUCAAGUAGAACACUUUAUUGAAGCUUAAAGCCUGCAUUUAUACAUCGGAGAUUGAAAUUAUACAAUCAUAUAACUACCUCAAAAAAGUUCUAAGCCGAAGUUCGAGAUAUGAAAUCAAUUGUAUCCUCUAAG